AUGGAGUUACCCCCCCGUUUGGGAGAGCUGCAAAUGUUCAGGUUGCAGCAGGAGAGGAAAAGUAUUGGCACAAUGGCAAAUCAGAGAGAGACCUCGUCAAAGAAAAUUGCACGUGAAAAGGGAAAGCAGGGACCCAACAUAGCUGAUGAACAGAAGGACAAGUACACUGGAAAAUCAAGGGGAUUGGCUUAUGUUGAUUUCUCCGAUGAUGUACACCUUACUGCAGCUCUGGCAAAGAACAAGCAAAUGUUUCUCAAUAAGAAAUUGAGUAUUGCACGGUCAGAUCCGAAGCAGCGGAGAAUGAGAGAAUCUGUUGGACGUAACACCCCAAUGGAACAUGGUGAAAUGUCGGGGCAUACAAAUGGACAAACAAAUACAGUUGGCGAAUCUGAGUCUAAAGAUUCAUCUGAUGUAUAUAAUGCGACCUUGGCGGCUCAGCCACAGUCUGCUUAUCGAGGAAGCUCCGGACAGGGAAGACCAGACGCCAAAAUCCAAUGAUGAGUUCAGAAAGAUGUUCCUCAUAAGUUAAUUCUAUUAAGAAAGACUAUACUAUAUCUGCCUCCCACACAAGGCUUGUAUAGAGU